AUGAACCCUGACUACUUACAAGAUUGUAAUAAUCACUAUGCUGAAGCAGAUGAUGAGGAAGAGGAAGAGUCAUUGUUAGAUGAUCCAAGAGAACAAAGAAACAGAGCCAAUCGAAGGCAACAACGUCCUCCUCGUGCAAGACCUAAUCCAAGAAAUCGAAGACCUAAUCAACGAUCACGAUCUCGUCAACCACAACAACAACAACAAGCCAAUAGACAAAGAAGUCGUUCAGCCAGACGUGCACCAAGACAACAGCCUAAUAGAAGAAGAGAUCAACAAAGAUCAAGUAAAUUUCUGUACUUUACGUGA